AUGGCUAGUCCCAAUGUUCUUACCUUCGAUGCUGAGGGUCGAGCGGUCGACUUUGAGGUCUGGGUAGAUGAUCUGCAGCUUUUCUUACAGUGCGAUAGCAAGGAUGGUCUCUCACUGUUCGAUCUCACGUCUGGCGCCUCUACUGCCCCUGCUGCUACUGCUGACAGUACUGUUCGCUCGCAGUGGACCACGCGCGAUGCUGCUGCCCGCCUUGCUGAGCGUAGUCACUUACCGUCCACUGAGCGUGCGCACUUUACUCAGUACAAGUCUGCUAAGACUCUGUACGACGCUGUAGUUGCACGCUACUCCUCCCCUGCCACUGCUGCCCUUAGUCGACUCAUGCUGCCGUACCUGUUCCCUGACCUCGCCGCCUUUGCCACAGUUGCUGACCUCAUUACACACCUCCGCACUAGUGACACCCGCUACCGCGCUGCGCUUCCUGCUGAGUUCUGCGCCAAGAACCGCCCCCUCAUGUACAUCACCCUCUACUACCUAGUCACUCGGCUCCCUGACUCCCUUCGCUCGGUCAGGGACCACUUCCUCUCUGUUUGCCCCACCACACUCACUGUUGACCUCCUCGAGGAGCGCCUCCUUGCAGCUGAGAAGAGUAUAGUCGCUGUAGGAGCCUCUCGUGGUGACCCUCGUGCCCCUUUCUUUGAGGGGUGCUCCCCCGUGCCCCUUUUGCCCUCUAUUGCCUCUGCUGCUGCUGUUGACCUCGUUGGCACCGAGUCGGUCGGCACUGCGUCUGCUCCUAGUGGGAGGCGCUGUAACGGCAAGGGCAAGGGAGGCAAGGGUGCUGGAGGAGCUGGCGGGGGAGGCGGUGGUGGCGGUGGAGGCGGCGGAGGGGGUGGGGGUGGGAGUGGUGGCGGGGGUGGGGGCUUCUGUGGCGGCGGUGGAGGUGGAGGCGGCGGCGGCGGCGGCGGUGGGGGUGGAGGAGGCGGUGGCGGCGGCGGAGGUGGAGCUGGUCGGGGUGGAGCUGUGCAGCGGGGAGACUUUGGUGGUGGUCAGCGACAGCAUCAGCAGCGCUCUCGUGAGAUCCCGUCGCCCCAGCAGCUUCGUGAGUGGUACGCUGCACGCCAGCGGCCUGGGGGUGCUGGUACCUGUGCCUACGUCCUGCGUACAGGCGACCGCACUGGUGAGCCGUGCGGUGGCCUGCACGCCACCCAGCGCUGCUUUGGCCGCCUGACGGACGCCUGGCGUAUCCAGUUCUCUGACUCCUCUGAGAUCCCUCGCUGGGGUGAUCUGCUCAAGUCGGGUGUAGCAAUCUUUGAGCUUGACUAUGAUGCUAUUCUUGCUGCCAUGUAUGUUGUGUCUACUAGUGCUGGGGGUGACUGUUACCUGUGUGUUCUGCCUGACCCGAGCAUUGAGGCCAUUGCUCUAGGUGCUAGUGAGUCUGCUGCUCCAGGUGCUAGUGAGUCUGCUGCUCCAGGUGCUAGUGAGUCUGCUGCUCCAGGUGCUGGUGAGUCUGCUCUCUCGGGUACCGAGGCGACCCAGGCUUUGCACACCUUCACCCUUGACUCGGGUGCUUCUCGCUCUUUCUUUCGAGACCGCACCACACUCACGCCGCUUCGUCGGCCGGUUGCAGUCUCCCUGGCAGACCCCUCUGGGGGUCCUGUCCUUGCCCACUACUCCACUGUCCUACCGUGUCCGGCGGCCCCUUCUGGCUCUCUGUCAGGUCUUUACCUCCCCUCGUUCUCUACGAACUUGGUGAGUGGUGCUGACCUACAGGAUGGGGGGGUUGACCAGUUCACUCCUGCGAGUCAGCGACUGACCCACUGCACGUGUGCUCGGAAGAGCCGGCACUUAGCCACGUUUACCCGUCAGCCGGGGUCGAGCCUGUACACACUGACUACCGAGUCUCCUCCGGUUCUUGCGUCUGGCCAGGUAGCUGCGUCGGGUCAGCUGUUUGCUGCAGCGUCCAGGUCUGGCCCUGAGUCUGCCCCCUGCUCAUGUCGUCUCCUGUCUCACCAGACUCUCCUCUGGCACCACCGCCUUGGUCACCCCUCCCUGCCUCGUCUCCGAGGCAUGGCCUCCCGUGUCCUUGUCUCUGGUCUCCCCCGGCCCCUCCCUCCCCUUCCCCCGGGACCUGCCCCUACCUGCGUUCCCUGCGUCGAGGGGCGGCAGCGCGCCGCUCCUCACUCCUUCGAGUUUCCUCCGACAGAGGCUCCGCUGCAGACUCUCCACAUGGACGUGUGGGGCCCAGCCCGCGUCCGUGGACAGGGUCACGAGCGUUACUUCCUGCUGGUGGUUGACGACUACUCGCGUUACACCACAGUCUUCCCCUUGCGCCGCAAGGGUGAGGUCACUGAGGUGUUGAUCGACUGGAUCCGCGCUGCCCGUCUCCAGCUCAGAGAGAGUUUCGGCUCAGACUUUCCUGUUCUGCGUCUGCACUCCGACAGAGGUGGAGUGUUUUCCUCCGACCUUUUGCGAGCCUUCUGUCGUACGGAGGGCAUCCGCCAGACGUUCACGCUUCCGGCCUCUCCACAGCAAAAUGGGAUUGCUGAGCGCCGCAUUGGCAUGGUCAUGGACGUCACUCGUACGUCCAUGAUUCAUGCAGCUGCUCCUCAUUUUCUGUGGCCAUUCGCGGUUCAGUACGCGGCACAUCGGAUCAACCUUCAGCCCCGGGGAUCUCGAGCUUUUGUCCGCGACUUGUCUGCGGACAAGCUGUCCCCCCGUGCUAUUCCCUGCGUCUUCCUUGGCUUCCCCCCUGACGCGCCUGGUUGGCAGUUUUACCACCCCACCUCGCGCCGUGUUCUGUCCUCCCAGGACGUCACGUUUGACGAGUCGGUUCCGUACUACCGUCUCUUUCCCUACCGCGCUGCCCCCCUCCCCCCACCGCCGCUCUUCCUCGCGCCAGGUCCCCCCCCGGUAGACCCCCUCCCCCCUCAGGGUCCUGCCCCCUCAGGUGUGUCCCAGGUAGACGCAGUCGAGCCUAUCGAGGUAGCUGCUGACUCUCGUGCUGCUAGGGGUGCUGAGCCUACAGGUGCCGGGUCUGGGGGGGCUGAGCCUGAGCGUGCGGAGCCUGGGGGUGCUGGGUUUGGGGGUGCUGAGUCUGGGGGUGCUGCGCCUGGGGUUGCUGAGUCUGGAGGUGCGGAGCCUUCGGGAGCUGGGCCUGCUCGUGUGGAGUCUGGCGGUGCUGGGCCUGGAGGUCCUUCGUUUGCUUUGUCCCGGCGGGAGCUGCCCUCUCCACAGGAGCUGCGCGAGUGGUUUUCUCGGCACUGGAGCCGUGCUGCUGGAGCUGGUGGUGCUGCUGGUGCUGGAGGUUCUACUGCUGCUGGGGGUGCUGGAGCCACGGGUCCCGGAGGUGCUCGUACUGGAGGUCCUGGAGCUGCUGGGCCUGGUGGUGCUACUGGUGCUGGAGCUACUGGCGGAGCUGGAGCUGGUGGUGCCGCUGGAGCUGGAGCUGCUGGAGGUACUGGAGCUGGAGGUGCUGCUGGAGCUGGUGCUCCUGUAGGUGCUGGAUUUGGCGCUACUGGGGCUGCUGGAGGUGCUGCUGGAGCUGGUGGUGCUGCAAGAGUUGGAGCUGACGCUGGGGGUGCUGGUGCUGUCCCUGCUGGUGCUGGAGGCGCUGCGCGGCCGCGGACGUACUUCGUUCCGCUUCUUGAGCAGGUUCUUGGUCUUCUUCCUUCUUCUGGUCCUGCUCCUUCCUUAGAGUGUCCACCGCCUGUCCAGUCCGAGUCACGGUUACAGCUAGCCUCCCCACUGCCUGCUCCUUCUCCCUACGCUGGUCCUACUGGGGGUCUUGCUCAGCGUCGUGAGCCUGGGUCUCGUCCUGCGUCGCCUGUUCGUGCUGCUCGCACUGGUCGUCGUGUUCGGCGUCAGCGUCCUCCUGAUGUCCCAGGCACGCACCAGAUGGCACUGCGUCCUUCCACUGCUCCACUGCGUGUCCCUUUGCCAUCUCCUCCAGAGUCCUCUCUUCCUGCUCUUGCUGACCCGGAGUCUGACUCCCUUCGUGCUGCCAGUCCUUCUGUCACGCGUCUCCUGGCUACUGUUGUCACUGACCCUUCCUUUGAGUCCACUGCUGCGUCUGCCUUAGUAGCUGAGCUUGUCGACUUCGCUGCUCACUGUCGUCUAGACUACGCCGCUCGUCUUGUUGCUGAGUCUGAUUCUGUCUGUCCUCCAUCCGUCAUGGGUGAGUGUGCUCUUAGCACAGACGUCCUAGAGGACAGACAGGAGGAGUUCCUGUGUUUUGCUGCUGCUUUACCUUAUCUCGUGUCCAUGUUGCUUGCCCCUGAGGGAGACCCGGAUGCACCAGACAUCCCGACCCCGCGCUCUUACGCAGAGGCGAUAGAGGGUCCCUACUCCUCUCAGUGGCAGUCAGCCAUGGACGCAGAGAUGGCUUCCUGGAAGUCCACAGGCACCUACGUCGACGAGGUUCCCCCACCUGGGGCGAACAUCGUCAGUGGCAUGUGGAUUUUCAGGGUGAAGCGGCCGCCGGGUUCUCCGCCUGUCUUCAAGGCGCGUUACAUGGCUCGAGGCUUCAGUCAGCGGCAAGGAGUUGACUACUUUCAGACCUUCUCCCAGACCCCGAAGAUGACCACUCUUCGGGUUCUGCUGCACGUCGCUGCUCAGCGUGACUACGAGCUUCACUCUCUUGACUUCAGCACUGCUUUCCUACAGGGCAGCCUGCACAAGGAGAUCUGGCUGCGCCGCCCACCUGGCUUUACUGGGUCGUUUCCUCUUGGUACCCAGUGGAGCCUCAGGCGGCCAGUCUACGGUCUCCGCCAGGGCCCCCGUGAGUGGCACGACACACUGAGGACUACGCUUGCGGCUCUUGGGUUUGCUCCUUCUACUGCUGACCCGUCGCUGUUUCUGCGCACAGACACUUCUCUGCCGCCGUUCUACAUUCUCGCGUACGUCGACGACUUGGUCUUUGCUACUGCUGACACUGCUGGACUCGCCCACGUGAAGUCCGAGCUGCAGAAGAGACACACGUGCACAGACCUGGAUGAACUGCGCAGCUAUCUUGGCUUGCAGAUCACCCGGGACAGAGCACGGCGCACCAUUACCCUGACUCAGUCACACAUGGUGCAGCAGGUCCUUCAGCGCUUCGACUUCACGUACUCCUCGCUUCAGGCCACUCCUCUGACUACUCGCCACUCGCUCUCAGCUCUGCCUUCGGAUGAGUCCGUAGAGCCGAGUGGCCCGUACCCAGAGCUUGUUGGCAGCCUCAUGUACCUGAUGACCUGCACUCGACCUGACCUGGCAUACCCUCUUAGCAUCUUGGCACGCUAUGUUGCUCCUGGGAGACACCGACCAGAGCACAUGGCUGCAGCGAAGAGGGUGUUGCGCUACUUGUGCAGUACGUUGGGGCAUGGGGCUCGUGCUUGGAGGGCGGCAUCCAGUAGUUCUUACUGGUCACGCAGACGCGUCUUGGGUUGA